AUGUUCAUCUGUACUUUCCUUUUACUGGUUUGGUUGCUCCUGUUGCCGCUGGUUGCAGCCACUAGGAGUCAUCCAUUGGAGGGAUACCUCAACUUUGCCCAAGCUACUCUGUCGUUGCUUACGUUCGCUGAUCCCGCAGUCUUUGGUGAAAAGACUGACAACAGGUGCGGAGGGAAGCCCCAUUGUCAUCGAAAGCGAAAGUUUGUUAAUGACAUCUUCAACGAACUGGGACCACAUUAUGUCAGGCGUGCUUACCGAAUGGAACCAGCAUUUUUCUGGAAGCUCGUGCGAUGGUUGAAGCCUUACAUGGAAGGUCCUACUGUUCCUUGUGGAGAACGGCUCAAGAACUGGAAGAAUGGAGCCAAGAAUGGGUUGAUUCCAAUGCCAAGCAGAGUCAGUGCGGCUUUGCGUUGGUUUGCUGGAGGAGCUGCGUACGACAUUGCCGGUGUUCAUGGCAUUGGUCAUACUGAUGUCUAUCGUUCCGUCUGGAAGGUUGUGGACGCAGUCAAUAAAUGUCCCAAGCUUGAUUUCUCUUAUCCAUCCAGUCAUGAAGAACAGCAGAUCAUUGCUGAUGGUUUCCACAAAGUGAGCCGCGGAGUUUUUCAUUGCUGCGCUGGGGCUGUUGAUGGAAUCCUGAUCUGGACGGAGAAGCCAAGUGAGAAGAGUUGUAAGAAUGCAGAAUGUGGUCCCAAGAAAUUCUUCUGCGGCAGGAAGAAGAAGUUUGGGCUGAACAUGCAGGCCACAUGCGAUGCUCACCGAAGAUUCCUAGACAUCAACGUGUCCCACCCUGGUUCCACCUCUGACUAUCUCGCUUGGAUAUCAUGCAAACUCCAUCACCAGAUUGAAAAGCCAGGUUUCAUGAAGGAAGGAUUGUGUAUCUUUGGAGAUAAUGCAUACGUCAAUACACCCACGAUGGCAACUCCUUACAAAGCUGUUGGAUCAGGGCCAAAGGAUGCAUACAACUACUACCAUUCGAACGUGCGAAUCACAAUUGAGUGUGCUUUCGGCAUGCUGGUGCGCCGUUGGGGUAUCCUCUUGCGAGCUUUCCCAUCAUCUGUGACCAUCGCCAAAGUGACCGCCGUUGUCCGUUGCCUCUGCCGCCUGCACAAUUUCUGCGUGAACGAAAGGUUAGAACGAAAAGCUGCAGCAACAAUUUCGCAAGUGGAUUCUCCAGGGGAAGAGCUUACGUUGGACAUGGCGGAGCGCCUUGCUAGUGAUGACAUGAACAUUGUGGUUGGUGAGGGAGGCAUGCUGUUGGAAGGAGCUGGAGAGGAGUAUCGACCGGAACCUCUUCUUCAUGGUGGUGAACAUUUUGAUGACAUAUCUUACUGGUCAAGAGUUAGUCGGAAGAGGAAAAGUGGAUAG